CUGACCUUUGUGACACUGUGAAUACGUGCUGACCUUACUUUGUCCGCAGCUGUCACCGACCCCCCAAAGCCUUUCGUCUCUUUUCUCCGCUCCCGACCACGGUCCCUGCCCAGCACUCCAAAAUGGGUCUAUUUUCAUGCUUCGCUCGCCCAGCACCCGACUCGACUCGCGAGCAACUUCCCGUCUCCACCUCCAGGCGCGUACCGCCAAACAUGGUCGACAAGGUGGCCUCUGGUCGGUCAGCGGCAUCAGAAGUGCCCUUGCGCAUCAAGCCGGUCGUCCCCGCAGCAACAGGCACUGCGCCUGCGGUCGCUCCCGCCCCCGCGGCCCAGCUCCCCUCAGCUGCCAGCGCCAAGAAGCAGGUGUCGGUGGCCCUGCCCAGCCUAGAUGACGACAUCGAUGUUGGCCCUGCGCGCGUGGACCAGACGCCCAAAAAGGUCAAGCCCGCGCAGCUCAAGCUCACGGCCGCGCAAGCCGCGUCUGACCAGGGUUGCGACGUUUCCGCCACCGCUACAGAUGCCGGGCGCCAAACUUGCCCGGCAGCCGCCAAGGCCUCCGCAAGCAGCCUCCACGACACCACUGCCACGGGUGCUAGCGCCAGCCCCUCCGCAGAGGCGCCUGUGUCGCCGCUGGCCGGCAUGAACACGCGCGUGCCAUCCAAGGUCGUGCGCAACCUGUCAGCUCCCGCCCUGACGCUGGCUGACAUCGCCGGCCUGCUCUGCCGCUUCACGGGCGACAGCGGCGGCGAGGCCGGCUCCGACACGGCCGCCGUGACCGCCUGCCUGUCCGCGGUGCUGGCCGGCAGCAAGGCGCAGGGCGCGGGGCUGUACGAGGCAGCCCGCGCGCAGCCCGAAGCCGGUCACGUGUUCGCCGCCGCCUACCGGCUGGCCCAGGUGGCGGGUCAGGUGGUGGCGCCCUGCCGCGACAACGGCGCCAUGAUGGCGGGGCUGGGGCAGGACGUGGUGCGCGCGCUGGACGCAGCAGGCAAGAAGGGCUGCGUGCCGCCGCGCGAGACGCUGGCUGACGUGGCGGCCCGGCUGGAGACAUGCGGCCGCUGCCUGUCCGUGUACGCCAAGGAGGGCUGGCUGCUGCACCUGGCCUGCAACGAGUCCGCCAAGGCCGAGCUGGACCGCGCCCACAGCGCUGUGGUGGCCGUGCUGCAGGCCGUGCCCGCGCCCGGCCUGGAGCUGCCCUCCGGCUCCGCCGCCGGCCGCCCCGGCGCCUACCUGGACAUGAACCGCGGCCUGCGCCGCAGCCUCAAGACGCACGGCAGCGGCAGCGUGGCAGCAGGGCUCAAGGCCGUUGGGACCGACCCGCUGUCCCCCGAGCUGACCAAGCUGGCGGCGCUGCUGGGUGUGCCCGCGCCCGCCGUGGCCCGCGAGCUGGCGGCGCUGCCCGCCGAUGUGCCCGCCGACGUCUACUACAGCCGCAUGGUCCUGAGCCUGCAGCAGCAGCGCAACCUGUUUGGCUCCGCCGCCGGCGCCGACGCCACCGCCAGCUUGGUGGAGCGCUACCGGCCCAUCUUUGCGCACUACGACAAGGCCGGCCGCGGCUUCCUGGAGGCGGCCGAGCUGCGCUCCGUGCUGGGCGACCUGAGCGAGGCGGGUGCGGCGGGCGCCGGCCCCACCGGGCCCGAGCUGGAGCGCGCGUUCGCGCUGGCAGACCAGGACGGCGACGGCCGCGUCAGCCCCGAGGAGUUUGCACGGUACUAUGACGCCCUCACGUUUGGCCACGCGCGCAAGCAGCUGCGACUGGCCAUGGGCCUACAGGCCGAGAGCGACCUGAAGGCCAUCUUCCGUGACUUUGCCUCGUUCGGCACGCGGCAGCAGGUGGAGGAGAUGGACUCGGCCCACUUCGCCAAGCUGUUCCGCGACUGCGGCCUGCUGGGCCCCGACCUUACGCUCACCGACAUCGACCUGGCCUUUACCGCGGCCAAGGGCAAGGGCGAGCGCAAGCUGAGCUUCGACGCCUUCCUGACGGCGCUGGCCACCUGCGCCGAGCGCAAGGGCACGGGGCUGGAGGCGCUGGUGCGGGCCAUCCUGGGCUGCGAGGGCCCCGUGGCGCGCGCCACCAAGGCCGACGUGGUGCGGCUGCACGACGACAAGUCCACCUACACGGGCGUGUACGCCAAGGGCGGCCCCAAGGUGACGGAGAAGGCGCACGACCUGGCGGCGCUGCUGGACCGCUCAGACGCCGGCGCGGCCCGGAAGACCCCCAUCCGCGCCUCCCGCGCUGGUCCCAUCACCAUUGUGGACAAGCCCGCCGACAAGCCGCCGCUGCACCACACCCCGCCGCCCGCCCACGGCCCCGGCACCCACAGCCAGUCCAUGCGCCUGUCCGUGGGCCCCGGCGGCAUGCCCGGAGCCCCCGGCUCCAGCGUGUCCGCCGGAGGCGCGGCGCCGUCCACUGCUGCGGGCGCCGCCGGCGGCUGGAAGCGCCGCUCCACUGCCGGCGGCUCGGGCUCCGUGUCAGCCCCUACCGCCUCCUCUGCCCUCUACGAGUCCUGGCUGAUGUGGCAGCAGUUUGGUGCUGGCGCUGGGGCCGGCGCCCCCUCCCGCGCCGUUGAGAUGGGCCCGGCACAAUACGUGAAGCUGCUGCGUGAGACCGGCAUCAUUACCGGCAAGGACUUCACCUCCGUGCAGGCCGAGCUCAUCUACGCCAAGGUCAAGCCGCAGGGCUGCGCCAAGAUCACCUUCGAGUGCUUUGAGCGCGCCCUGGGCCUCAUCGCCGCAGCCAAGGGCACCAGCCGCGAGGCGCUUGAGGCAGCCAUCACCGCCAGCGGCGGGCCGCUGCUCACGCCCGGCAAGAACUGAGCGGCAGCAGGGGCGAGAGCCCAAGUGCCGUGUGGCCAGCUGGCGCGCCGGCUCAUUGCCGGUGUGGCGAGGUCGCUGCUGGAGGCGGCUUGUCUCCAGAACGCGACGGCUAGGUAUUGAUACUGCAUACGGUAUGCCGUGCGCACGUGACUAUGUUUUGACGGCAGGACUGGACGAGACGGGUCUCUCGGGUGUUGGCGGUACGCCAGCUGCGCCAUCGCGCGCUUACCGUACGUGACACUUAACAGCAGGGGAGCAGCAGUGGUGAUGCGUGUACUUUGCACGUGCGGCGUGCGGCGCGGCAAUCCUCGCAACUACCAAAACUUUAACUGACACACGGGGAUCACAAACGGGCUUUUGCGCAACUGCCAACGGACAGGGACGGCACGCUGUGUGGCUGUUGGCGCGCAGCGCGAUUGGGAAUGCAUAGUUGGACAGCGAGGCGUAUGGGAAGCUGCGACAGAGCACGGCGGGGGCAUGGCGGAGGCUGACGGUUGGCGCGCCGCGUGAGUGGGAAGUGCAUAGUCGUGCGCGCGCCGUUUGGGAAGCCGCGUGUUUGAGCUGCGUGUAAACUCAGAGAGACGCAUGAGGCUGACCCGGUUGGCUUGCCCUUUCCCCCGAAGGGGGAGGGGCAGUAGCCAUUGCGGUCGCAUCGAGCUCGCCGCGGGGGGCCCUCCCUGUUAUUCCAGUAACCGGUAAAGUGCACUUGGCACGCCCCGUUGCUCCAGCCAAAAUGCGUGCUAAUUUUAAGACGCUGUUCGCUGUAUUUGUGGCGACGCAUAACUUCGCAAAAACUAGUG